AUGUAUUUGUCUUACAUUUUAGUUGCCUUGUCUUUUCACAGUGCUCUAAGUACCUCUUGCCCAAGAAGAUGCAGCUGUGACCCUGCCCAGUCAGUGCAAUGCUACAGGGCUACAGAGGUCCCCAGAGAGAUUCCCUUUACCACCAGGAGACUCUACAUCAGCCACAGCAAAAUUAAACAACUCCAGUUUACUGACUUUAGGAGAAUGUCAGUCCUUGAAGAGCUGGUCCUGUCAUGCAGUGGCACAGAAUCAAUAGAAAACAACACUUUCAAAGCUCUGAGCACCUUGAAGUCCCUGGAACUCUGUAAAAAUCAGCUAAAGCAAAUACCCAGCUUUCUCCCAUCUGGUCUUGAAAUUUUAAAACUCGCUGAUAACUCCAUCAAUGCUCUGCAUGCAUCUGAUUUUGCAGGUUUGAUGAAGCUAAGGGUGCUCGAUCUUCGGAACAACUUGAUUGCAACUCUGCCUUCGAGUGUAUUUUCUUCCCUUUACAAUUUACAGAGUCUGAUCCUGGAUGGCAACAAUAUGGAAUCUGUGUCUGCACCACUUAGGCUUCCUAGGCUGAUGUAUCUGAGCAUGGCUGAUAAUAAACUGAAUUCAUUCCCAACCAACUUCUUUGCAUCUUUCCAAAGUCUACAUUUUCUCAGCUUAAGUGGUAACUUUCUGACAAAAGUGCCCCUUGACCUACCUAAAUCCCUGCUGUCUCUAAAAUUAGAGAAAAACCAACUUAAAAUUGUGAGACUGCGAGAUGUGAAACACCUAGAAAAUCUGUCUGAGUUCCUUCUGUCAGAAAAUCAGCUGACAUCAAUAGAUGGUACCCAACUUCUUCCUAACUUAACAACACUGGAGCUUUCAAAGAACCAGCUCCACACUCUGCCCCUCAGGCUGCCUGGCAGGCUGCAGAAACUCGACUGCAGCAAUAACCUGAUCCAAAGGGUGACAGCACAGGACUUUCAAGGACUCCAAGACCUGAAGCACUUGUUUCUCGACAACAAUGCUGUCAGCACGUUCGAGGAGGGAGCUCUCCAGCAGUGUGUGCAGCUUUCCAAUCUGGCGCUGGAACAGAAUCUCCUCAGUUCUAUUCCGCUGAGACUUCCAGACACCCUUGCCAGAUUGGAUCUAAAAGGAAACGACAUAGACGAUGUUGGAGAACAAGAGCUGAAGGACUUGAAACAGCUUCAGGUUUUAAAUUUACGGAAUAACAAGAUAUCUCUCUUGGAUCGCAAAGUCUUGGAGUAUUUACCUCGUCUUCGUCAUCUGUACUUAGAUGGAAACCCUUGGAACUGCACCUGUGACCUCCUCAGAACCAGAAGAGCACUGGUGGCCAAAGGCACGGAUGUCCGGGGAGGGCAGUGUGCAGCGCCAGCACAAAGCCGAGGAGAAAGUUGGAUGUCCUCCAAAAAGAUUCUGCAGCAGUGUGAAGAUAAUCUGUCUUCCACGGAAACAGGCAAAGAGGACAGGAAGAAAACGAAACCCAGUGAGGCCUCCAGUGUUGGAGUGAACACAGAUGAUGAUUACUACGAUUAUGAAUUAGAUUGA